AUGGAGGGUUCACAGGUGAAGGAGCUCAUUCAGAAGUGGCGCGCGCUCAGCAAUGAGCUGAAGGAAAAGAAUGCGGAGCUGGAAAAGACGCGUGCAUCCUUGCAGGAGCUGGAGGGGCAGCACGCCAAGACGGUCCAGGACUGGGACCUGGAGAAGGCCAACAUUCAGAACACAAUCUCACUCGUGUGGGCCCAGGUGUCCAACAAGAAGGAGGAGCUUUCGCGCAUCGAGAAGGAAACCUCCGACCUGCAGCUAAAGGUGGAUGAGCGGCGCUUGCGCAAUGAGGAACACUGGGGCGUGCUGAAUAAGCGCAAGCAGGCGGUCGCCGCGCGGUUGCACGAGAUAGAAGAGAAGGAGAAGGAUACGAAGGAGGGGCUGCGCCAGUUUCGCGAGGCGCGGGAAGAAGGCAGGCAGCAACUACUCACCGCCAUCCGCAAGUUAGAGGACGCGGAACAACAGGAGCGGGUGGAUCAUCAACAAAAGACCCGGCAGAUGCGAACCAGGAUUGCGGAGCUUGUGGCGACUGUAGAGGCGGAAAAGAAAUCCUGGGCGCUCGACGCGGCAAUGCGUGAGUGGAACCAAAGAAAUGACGCACGCAGGUGGUUGAGCGAGGAAGCCAAUACGGCCGAGAACGACAAGGGAGCGUGGGUGGAUGUCAUCAAAGAGGCCGGGUCGCUGCACUGUGACGAUGCCCUUAAGGAGUUGGACACGCUUCGUGCCCUUCUUUCCUGUUAG